GCUUUACUCUGGUUUAAAUGGAAUAUCGUGUGACACUAGUCCACGUGUACCUUGUUUAAAGAAAUCAAAAUAAAAGCUAUUUAUAUCACUAUUGAAUACUGUUCACCCAGGGUAUAUAAGGCCUUACCUGGCCACACUUCGAGUCUUUCGUGUAAAAGGCCACGUGUACGUGGGUCAUUCACGCAGUGUAUGACAAAAUUCUUUACUGCGCUGCAGUACCAUUUCUUAUACUGAGAGUUGGAGAAAAUUCGGGUGUUCGUGAAAACUCCCUUUCAUACCUGGUAAAAUGCCAAAUUUAUCUGACUCCAGCUCUGAAAAUGAAAAUGUCGAUAAGGACAUUGUUCAGUUAUUUGCGUCGGAUUCGGAGGUUGAUACGAACAUACAAAAUGAAAAUGCCGACCGACCAAACACAAGAAGCGUGGCUUCUACUUCAACAACCGGGAAGGGUAAAGGAAUAAGUUCCAACAAAAGGGGAAAGGCCCCAGCAAAAAAGGUAAACAAUAAAAGAAAAAACGAAGAAAAAACAACAAAAAAUAAAAAACAACAAGACUUCAAUCCUUCCCAAUUAUUUUCUUUAUUGAAUGAAUUUCUUAAGAGAACAGAACACGUCGAUAAUAACAACAAUCCAUGCACUUCCGGGACUACCGGCGAGAACCCAGAAGGGGUGAUAGAAUGUUUUCCGGAUUCGGAUUUUGAUCAUGUUCAAAAUAACGAAACAGAUAUGUUCUCUAUUGAUAAUGACCCAGAGGUGGUCUUUGAUGAUGAUAAUUCUGAAAUUUCAAUGCCAAAGAUAUUUGAGGAUGAAACAAAAUUUUCAGAGUCGAUUUCGGAAAAUAUGGCUAAGUUUAUUAAAAUGGGUUGUACCCAAAAGGCUGAUGUUUCAAAAUAUUUAGAUGAAGUCAAAAUUCCAGAAAACUGUAAAAAUCUUGUGCCACCAUUAAUAAAUUCUGAAAUUUGGAAUAAUCUUUUUCCUAAUGUCCAACAAAGAGACAAAACAUUGCAAGAUGCGCAAAGAAUUCUCGGUCUAUCUAUAGUUCCCAUGAUUUCACUUGCUGAAAUGUUCAAGACAAAUAAAUUUGAAAUGAAAAAAGCCAAAAAAUGUGUUUCGGAUGCAAUUACUCUGGCAUGCAAUGCGAUGUACGAGUUGAAUGUAAGACGCCGCUUUAUUCUCAGGCCAUUUGUACAUAAGAGAUUUCAACAAUUGUGUGCUGCAACAACUCCAAUUGAGGAGAAAACUCUUUUCCCCUCUGACAUUACAAAACGUAUGAAAGAAAUUUCUGAUGCGUCAAAAAUAAACAAGCAAUUAACACCUGGUUUUCCUCGCAAUAUUCAAUCAAAAAACUUCAGAGGGAAAAUGAACUUCCGAGGAAGGACAAGUCAGUACAAUCCAUACUCUCGAGGAGGCGGCAGGUCAAGCCGGUCAAGAGGCUCGGGUUACAACCGAGGACAAGGCAGAGCAGGGUACAACAGAUACCAGCAGAAUUAUUAGAUUUUGAUUGGGAGAGUUUUACAGAAGUUGGAGGACGAUCAGAAGUGGUUUGACUUUCAUCGAUGGACGGAUUUACGAGUACCCGGAUACAGUCUCAGGAUUAUUCUUAAAAAUGAUUGCACAGGAGGAACAUGGUCACAGUGACAUAUUUUUGCGUGUUAGUGAACGAUGAACUGUAUAGACUGUGGUGUGUUCCUUAUGACAUGGAUAUAUCGGACUUUGGAGUAAUUAUUGCGUAUAAUUCAACUUGAUUAAUAAAUGUAUUUUUCUUUUCAAAAUGUUGUUAUUUUAUUUUCUCUUAUUAUGUUGAUGUUUUAAAUUUGCUGUCUUUAUUGCUUUA